AUGAAGGGAACCAAAGGCAUUGAGAACCCGGCUUUCGUUCCCUCCAGCCCAGACACCCCGCACCGCUUGUCUGCGUCGCCCUCCCAGGUGGAAGUCUCUGCUUUAUCCUCCGACACCCAGAGGGAGGGUUCUCAGCCACAGGAAUCUCCGGAGUCCCACAAGUCAUGGGAACCUCCUCUGCCUUCAUCAACUGCCCCGGCUUCCGAAGAGCGCCCCGGACCACAGUCGGAGUUUGAGGAGGGGCCUUGCGGAUGGAGCAACUUGCAUCCCCAGUGUCUCCAGCGCUGCAACACGCCACAAGGGUUUCUGAUUCACUACUGCCUGUUGGCCCUCACUCAAGGUGUUGUUGUAAAUGGCCUAGUAAAUAUCAGCAUAUCCACUAUUGAGAAGCGCUAUGAGAUGAAGAGUUCCCUGACUGGCCUGAUAUCAUCAAGCUACGAUAUUGCCUUCUGUUUAUUGUCAUUAUUUGUAUCAUUCUUUGGUGAAAGAGGACACAAGCCCAGAUGGCUUGCAUUUGCAUCCUUUAUGAUAGGACUGGGGGCACUUGUAUUUUCCUUGCCACAGUUUUUUAGUGGUCGAUAUCAACUGGGGUCCAUUUAUGAAGACACUUGCUCAACAACAAGGAAUAGCACCAGUUGUACCUCAUCCAACUCUUCGCUUUCUAACUACUUGUAUGUCUUCAUCUUGGGGCAACUGUUGCUGGGGACUGGAGGAACCCCUCUCUACACCCUGGGAACAGCCUUUAUUGAUGAUUCUGUGCCCACUCACAAGUCUUCUCUCUACAUAGGAAUCGGCUAUUCUAUGUCAAUCUUAGGCCCAGCCAUUGGCUAUGUUUUGGGAGGACAACUGUUAACCAUGUACAUUGAUGUUGCUAUUGGAGAAAGCUCUGGUAUCACUGAGGAUGAUCCACGAUGGUUGGGGGCUUGGUGGAUUGGAUUUCUCAUAUCUUGCUUCAUUGCUUGGUCUUUGAUAGUACCAUUCUCUUGCUUCCCCAAACAUUUACCAGGUACAGCAAAAAUUCAAGCUGGAAAAAUUUCCCAGACUCAUCAGAAUAAGAGUAGUUCCUUGCAACACACAGAUGAGAAUUUUGGAAAAAGUUUUAAAGAUUUCCCAGCUGCUCUGAAGAAUUUGAUGAGGAAUACUGUCUUUAUGUGUUUAGUUUUAUCAACUUCUUCAGAAGCCUUAGUUACUACUGGAUUUGCAACAUUUUUACCUAAAUUUAUAGAAAAUCAAUUUGGACUGUCAUCCAGCUUUGCAGCUACCCUUGGAGGAGCUGUUUUGAUUCCUGGAGCUGCUCUUGGUCAGAUUUUAGGAGGUGUUCUUGUUUCAAAGUUCAAAAUGACAUGUAAAAAUACAAUGAAAUUUGCAUUGUUCACAUCUGGAGUUGCACUUGUGCUGAGUCUUAUAUUUAUUUAUGCCAAAUGUGAAAAUGAGCCAUUUGCUGGUGUGUCUGAAUCAUAUAAUGGAACAGGAGAACUGGGAAAAUUGACAGCCCCUUGUAAUAGCAAUUGUAGCUGUUCACGAUCCUAUUAUUAUCCACUCUGUGGAGUAGAUGGAGUCCAGUAUUUUUCUCCAUGCUUUGCAGGUUGUUCAAAUUCUGUUUCAGAUAAGAAAACAAAGGUAUAUUACAACUGUUCCUGUAUUGAAAGGAAAGCAGAAAUAACACCUAUGGCAGAUAAUUUUGGUUUUGAAGCUAAAGCAGGAAAAUGUGAAAGUCACUGUGCAAACUUGCCCAUAUUUCUUGGCAUUUUCUUUGUUGCAAUUAUUUUUACCUUUAUGGCUGGUACUCCAAUAACUGUGUCCAUAUUAAGGUGUGUUAAUCAAAAUCAACGAUCUCUAGCAUUAGGAAUACAGUUCAUGUUACUUCGGUUAUUAGGCACAAUACCUGGACCAAUUAUAUUUGGUGUCACGAUCGACAGCACAUGUAUUCUCUGGGAUAUUAAUCAAUGUGGAAUUAAAGGUGCUUGCUGGAUUUAUGAUAACAUAAAGAUGGCUCAUAUGCUAGUAGGUAUAGCUGUUACCUGUAAAGUUAUCACCAUUUUCUUCAAUGGAUUUGCAAUCUUUUUGUAUAAACCACCACCACUGAACACAGAUGUGUCAUUUCAAAAUCAGAAUGCAGUUGUGACAACGGUUGUAGUAGAAAGGGAUCUCAACAAAGCAGGAAAUGAAGGGUGA